GGGCGUGGUCGAGUUGCGGGGGUGCGCGCGGCCGGCCGCGCGCGCGCCGCGGAGGGAGGGAGCCGGGAGGCAGCGGAGGAGCGACCGCCGCCAUAUUGGGGACCGCGGAGCCCGGGAUCCCGUCAGCGGCGGCCGCGGCCGGGCCUGCGGGAGCUGCGGAGGCCGGAGGCGGGCGCUGUGCGGUGCCAGGAGAGGCGGGGUCGGCGGGAGCCAGCGAGCGACGGCAGCGAGCCAGGCUAACCUUGCUGCAGGCCGAGCCCUGCCUCGCCAUGGACCAGGACUAUGAGCGGCGCCUGCUUCGCCAGAUCGUCAUCCAGAAUGAGAACACGAUGCCACGCGUCACAGAGAUGCGGCGGACCCUGACACCUGCCAGCUCCCCAGUGUCCUCGCCCAGCAAGCAUGGAGACCGCUUCAUCCCCUCUAGAGCCGGAGCCAACUGGAGUGUGAACUUCCACAGGAUCAACGAGAAUGAGAAGUCUCCCAGUCAGAACCGGAAAGCCAAGGACGCCACCUCAGACAACGGCAAAGACGGCCUGGCCUACUCCGCCCUGCUCAAGAAUGAGCUGCUGGGCGCCGGCAUCGAGAAGGUGCAGGACCCGCAGACUGAGGACCGCAGGCUGCAACCUUCCACACCUGAGAAGAAGGGUCUGUUCACGUAUUCUCUCAGCACCAAGCGCUCCAGCCCCGAUGAUGGCAACGACGUGUCUCCCUACUCCCUGUCUCCCGUCAGCAACAAGAGCCAGAAGCUGCUCCGGUCCCCACGGAAACCCACCCGCAAGAUCUCCAAGAUCCCCUUCAAGGUGCUGGACGCGCCCGAGCUGCAGGACGACUUCUACCUCAAUCUGGUGGACUGGUCGUCCCUCAACGUGCUCAGCGUGGGGCUGGGCACCUGCGUGUACCUGUGGAGCGCGUGUACCAGCCAGGUGACGCGGCUCUGUGACCUCUCGGUGGAAGGGGACUCAGUGACCUCCGUGGGCUGGUCUGAGCGGGGGAACCUGGUGGCGGUGGGCACACACAAGGGCUUUGUGCAGAUCUGGGAUGCGGCCGCAGGGAAGAAGCUGUCCAUGUUGGAGGGCCACACGGCACGCGUCGGGGCACUGGCCUGGAACGCUGAGCAGCUAUCGUCCGGGAGCCGCGACCGCAUGAUCCUGCAGAGGGACAUCCGCACCCCGCCACUGCAGUCGGAGCGGCGGCUGCAGGGCCACCGGCAGGAGGUGUGCGGGCUCAAGUGGUCCACGGACCACCAGCUCCUCGCCUCAGGGGGCAACGACAACAAGCUGCUGGUCUGGAAUCACUCGAGCCUGAGCCCCGUGCAGCAGUACACGGAGCACCUGGCGGCCGUGAAGGCCAUCGCCUGGUCCCCGCAUCAGCACGGGCUGCUGGCCUCAGGGGGCGGCACAGCCGACCGCUGUAUCCGCUUCUGGAACACGCUGACAGGACAACCGCUGCAGUGUAUCGACACAGGCUCCCAAGUGUGCAAUCUGGCCUGGUCCAAGCACGCCAACGAGCUGGUGAGCACGCAUGGCUACUCACAGAACCAGAUCCUUGUCUGGAAGUACCCCUCCCUGACCCAGGUGGCCAAGCUGACCGGGCACUCCUACCGCGUGCUGUACCUGGCAAUGUCCCCUGAUGGGGAGGCCAUCGUCACUGGUGCUGGAGACGAGACCCUGAGGUUCUGGAACGUCUUUAGCAAAACCCGUUCGACAAAGGUAAAGUGGGAGUCUGUGUCUGUGCUCAACCUCUUCACCAGGAUCCGGUAAACCUGCCGGGCAGGACCACACUACGCCAGCCGUCCAGAGUCGGAGGACCCCAGCUCCUCAGCUUGCAUGGCCCAGCGCUUGUCCCCCGAGGAAGGCGGCCGGGCGGGCGGGGAGCUGGGCCCGAGGAUCCUGGAGUCUCAUUAAAUGCCUGAUUGUGAACCAUGUCCACCAGUAUCUGGGGUGGGCACGUGGUCGGGGACCCUCAGCAUCAGGGGCUCUGUCUCCCUUCCCAAAGGGCAAGAACCACAUUGGACGGUUCCAGCUCAGACCGUCUGUACUCAGAGUGACGGACGCCCCCUGGGACCCUCACUGCCUCCGUCUGUUCAUCACCUGCCCACCGGAGCCGCUUGCUCUUCUUGGAACUGCCCACGUCUGCACGGAAGAGACCACCAGACGCCAGGGCUGAUUGGAGGGGGCCUGAGACCCCCGGUUGCCCGUUCAUGGCUGCAGCCCCACUGUGUCAAACCCAAGACCAUCCCCAAGGCCAGACCAAGGCGUGUAGGCCUGGGCAGGUGGCUCGGGGCCACUGGCGGAGCCGGCCUGUGGAUCCAGGAGACAGUCCCUGCCUGGGCUUCAUGGCGUCCUUGCAGCCACCUCUGCUGUCACUGCUCGAAGCAGGAGUCUCUCUGGAAGCAUCUGUGUCAUGGCCAUCACCCAGCAGUCAGUGGGCUUCAGACGUUCCUGUGCAUCCUGGCCAAGCGUCGCCCUCACACCGGAGGAGGACGUCUGCUCUGGACUCGUCACCCCAGGAGAACUGAACCCGGACCUGCUCACUGCCCUGGCUGGAGGGGAGCACAACAGAUGCCAUGUCUUCGUGCAUUCGCCAACACCUGCCCUCACAGGGCCAGCGUCCUCCUUCCCUGUGCAAGACUUGCGUCCCCUGUGCCUGCUGGGUGGCUGGGUCCUGUGGAGGC